AUGGCGAACGACAUCGAAGUAAAAUCAAUAAUGUCCAUAUCUUCCAAAUCAGAAGUCAGUACUGCUGCACUGACUCGAACCAGGUGGAAGAAUGCCCCUCUUCAUGAAAGAUGCACGACUGCAGAUAUGCUCAAAAUUAAAGACGCAUUUCAAGAAGCAUAUAGGAAUAAAAUGUUACCGAAUGAAUUUAGAAACUUAUUGCGCACAUUACUUAAUGUGGAGUAUGAUGACGAUGAAUUUAAUAUUCUGUUUCUGAAAAUCAAUACGUCCCGCGAAGGCGAAAUAGACUGGGAUGAAUUAGUCUCACAUUUACUGCUGGGCUAUUUUCUCAAUGAUCCAGAAAAUGAAAGAGCAUCAUUACAACUGCCCAUCAUGGGUCUACCUACGGUGAUGCGCUCCCAACAUCGCCACCCUAUUUCUAGAAUAUGCUUUUGUCCAGAUGUUGCGAAGGAUCGUACAACGGACAUGUUGACGGGUAACUACAUUACGGCCAGCAGGGACGGCAUGAUCAACUGGUGGUCCCUCGACAUGACACUCUUGCGCACUGCUUUCUCAUCGAGCCCCCACCUAAAGGUUCGCUCCACCUGGGUAACCGAUAUGGUGUGCAUGCCUGAUGUGAACAUCAUCGUGACUAGUUCUACGGAGAGAGAUCUGCGUUUCUAUGACUGCACCGCCAAAACGUUUACUUUGAAAAUCGUCAUCACUAGUUGGGAGUACAUGAUAUGCACGAUGUACUACCACUUCCACAAGGACCCAGCGGAGAAGUGCACACUGAUCUGUGGUGAUGUGGGUGGCAACAUUCGCGUGUUGCAGUUCUCACCGGUGCAGCGCGGGCCCUUCCGUAACCAGCCCGGCCGCGCGCUUCUGCAGCUGCGCCACGUUGACCUGCAGAAGAAGCCGCACCUGCUCCCCGAGCUGCGGCUGACGGAGCUGCGCCGCGUGCACACGGAGUGGGUGCGCCAGGUGUCGUACUACGCGUCCCUGCACUGCAUAGUGUCGUGCGCCACCUGCCCCGACUCGCUGCUUAUGUGCGACCUCGCGGGCUCCAAGACUCACAAUAUGUUCCGUGUGGAUAAGGGCAUCCAGUGCUUCGCAUUCGACGAGGACGCGCACGUGCUGGUGACGGGCGGGCCGGACUGUGUGGUGCGCGUGUGGAACCCGUUCGUGCCGCGCGCGCCGAGCGCCGUGCUGCACGGCCACCACGCGGCCGUGCUCGCGCUCGCGCUGCAGGGGCCCGCGCGGGUCUACUCGCUCGCGCGCGACCGCGUCAUCAAGGCGUGGGACAUACACGGCCAGUGCUGCAUACAGAGCUACAUAGACAUCCCGGCGCAAAUAGGCGAACGCACGCCCAUAUCGACAGUGUACAACCCGGCCACCCGUGAGCUCAUCCUCGCCGCCGUCAAGAUCGCCGUGCUGGUGCUGGACGAGCAGAUCAACCCGCACCACACGGACGGCUUCACGCACUCGCGGGCCGUCGCCAAGAUACUGUACAAUCCGCUGUUUAAGGUCAUCAUUACUUGCGGCAUGGAUAGUAUCAUUAUCAACUGGGAUCCCGUUACUGGCAAGCGCAACGUGCUCAUCCGCGACGCGCACGUGCGUCUGCUGCACGGCGAGCUGAUCCCUGUAGAGAUCACGGCCGCGUGCUUCGACCCCGCGCACCAGCUGCUGCUCACCGGCGCCAGGAACGGCACGCUCAGGGUGUGGAAUUUCAACACGGGAGUUUGCUUGAAGGAGAUGACCAUUGAGCACAUGUGCGAGGUCACCAACUGCUUUUGGGUGGAGGGCCGUAUAAUGGCGGUGGGGUGGAACCGCCACGUGACGGAGUUCGAGGAGGGCGGCACGGGGCGCACGGGCAAGGCGUGGGAGACGCGCCACACGGAUGACGUGCUCGCCGCCGCCGCCAGGCACCCCAUCACGCUGGCUACGUCCUCCUACAACUCGGAGCUGAUAUUCUGGAAGCUGGAGACUGGGCAGCCGUAUAGACGUUUCUCGUGCACGGAGCCGAUGCUGCGAAUCAAGAUGCAGUACAGCAAGCGCGCCGCUUCGCCGCACGCCGCCGGCGCCGGCGCCGCCUCCCACCGCGGCUCAUCCAUGCUGCGCCGACCCAGCAUGGGCGGCGCGCGCGAGUCGGUGAUCGACGCGGCGUCGGCGAUGGAGAAGGCGCGCGCGCGGCGCGUGUCCGCCGUGAGCCUGCCCGCGCGCGCGCAGCGCAUGCGCCAGCUCGCCGUGCACGCCAUGAUCUUCCUGCAGACCCGCCCCUGCCACAUGCGUGUCGCAUCUCUAAUGGUGUCCCUGGAAAAUGGUCAAAUCCAGUGCUGGUCAGACCACCCAGCUGGUGGCAUCCAGGGCGCGUUCCAGGGCAUCCACACCGCCGGGGACUACGUAUCGGCCUUCGCCACCGACGUCGAUAACAAUUACUUAUUCACAGGGACUACUGUGGGAUACAUCAAAAUUUGGCUCAUGACCAACUACCUAACACUCGAAAAGGUACACGUGAGCAUGCCGCAGCUGCGGCUGCAGUUCCCGUUCCUGUGGCGCGACCGCAUGGAGGGGCGCGCCAAGCGCAGCGCGCGCGACCAGCCGCUGCCGCUGCUGCUCAGCAGCGCGCGCGCGCACCUGCGCUGCGUCACCGCGCUCGCCUACGUCGACCACCUCGAGCUGCUGUUCAGUGGCUCGUCAGACUAUAGCGUGCGCGCGUGGCGGCUGUCGGGCGAGUACGUGGGCACGCUGGGCAGCUUCGUGCCGUGGUCGCUGGACGUGCCGCGCUUCCCGCCGGACGUGCGCAAAGUCGCCAGCUUCACCACUUUUAAGGUGUGGCGCAGCGGUUACGUGUCCCGCUAUGUGCCCGGGCAAGUGGAGGUGGACAAACUGCGCGACAUCACCGAGAUGGAGCUGCGCACGCGCACUUUCGGCGCACCACCCCCGCCGCCACUGCUCGGCCGCUACUUCAACCUGCCGCCGCGCCCUGAGCAGCCUACCGCCAUCGUCCUCGAUGAUUCACUGCCCACUAUCCCGCUGUACACGCACCUGCGCAUGGCGUCGACGCAGCCGGUGCGGCGGCCCGCCACGCCCGAGCUGGUGCGCGCCACGCGCCUGCGCCGCACCAACACGCGCCGACCGCACUUCGAGUCGCACACGUCUUCUUAGUGCAGUUUGUGCCUACGCACCCGCACACGGCGUCGACGUAGCUGGUGCGGCGGCCCACACAUUUAAAGCCUAGGCUUUAAAUAAAAUAGCUGAAUCCAUCAUUCGUCAACAACGUAUACGCGCUCAGCUUAUGUAUUUGACAAAAUGACUUAAUCUCGCUAUAAUGUUCUUGACUUUUUAGGAUUGUUCCGUGCACACCCGCUUACUUUUGUUGAAAAUAUACUGGCUUAAUUGUAAUAUCCAGCAUAAUAUUUUGAACUUUAUUGCUUUUCGUACUAUACUUAAUAAUGAACAUUUCUUAAACAACGUACACUAGCUUUUUAUUAUGCUUUACAUAAUAACGUAAUUGACAUAAUUCAUCACAUAAAAUACCUGGUGUGGUGGCAUUACAUUAGUUACAUAGAUCGUAUAUUGCUUUGAUCCCUUCCAUAUUUUGUCGCAGCGGACACUUACAAGUGCCAAGCCAAAUGUUGGGGUGUGAGGGACGAAGGGUCUUAAAUUCCACGGACAACCUGUCUGCUUACACUUAUACUUCUAUUAAGAAGUGCACAUUUGUAUAUUAUAUUUUUUAAUUAAUGUAAUUUUGAUUAAGAUUUUGUAAUGACAUUACUUGUAAAAUAAAAGUUUGAAAUUAAACCUUAUAGUAUAAUUUAUUUCAUAUGAUUUUCUAAAACUACAUCAUUAUUUAACCAAUAAUUUAAUCUAAAAC